ACGACAAAGACCUCCAAAAUAUCGACGGCAAUUGCAAGAUGAGUGUAGAGCAGAAGAGAACGCCCGUCAAUGUAUUCACCGGUUUCCUCGGAUCAGGCAAGACCACCGUAAUCCUCUCCCUCCUAAAACACCUCCCAAAAGACUACAAAAUCUGCAUCGUCAAAAACGAAUUCGGCGAUGUCAAAGUCGACUCCGAACUCGCUCGAAACUCCAACGUAACCGGCGUUCAAGAAAUGCUCAACGGCUGCAUGUGCUGCGUCCUCGUCGGACAAAUGAAGAACGCGAUCCUCGAGCUCCGGGAUCAAUACAACCCUGACCGUAUUGUUAUCGAGACUUCGGGAAGUGCGUUUCCAGCGACGAUUGCGUGGCAGAUUAGGGAGUUGAAGGAUCAGGGGAUUUAUUUGGAUUCGAUUGUUACGGUGAUCGAUUGUGUGAAUUUUAGGGGGUAUGAGGAUACGAGUCCGACGGCUGCAAUGCAGGCGAAGUAUACGGAUUUGAUAUUGAUGAACAAGCACGAGACUGUGUCAGAGAGAGAUUAUGAUACGGUGCUGGAUCAUGUGUAUGAUCUCAACCCCGACACGGCCAAGAUCAAGACCUUCGAGGAAGGUCGAGUCGGUUGUUCCGUCCCUCCCGAUCUCGUCUUCGGUCUCGACUCCAAGCUAUUCCAGUUGACCGAGAAACAUCUUCUUGCAACGCCCGAAGAGAGCAGACACCACCACGACAAUGAAGUUGACAUCAUCCAAGUCUUCGCACCACGACAAGCCUCACCCACUCUCACCCACGACUCCCUCUCUACCUUCUUAACCUCCCUGCCCAAAGACGACUUCUACCGCGUCAAGGGCAUGCUUCGACUCCCUUCUAUCCCAUCCGAUGUCUGCGAGGCGUCACCAAUCAACACCUAUAUCCUCAACUACGCUUUCGGCCGAUGGGAGUUUACGCCGCUUGAGAAUGAGCCAUUGGAGGGUGGGGAUCAGGAUGUGAGGUUGACGGCGAUGUUGGCAAGGGGGAGUGCGAGGAUGGGAUCUUGGGCUGAUAAACUUGGUGCGGCGUUUGGUGGGGAGGCGAAGGGUGUGCAUGUUCACAAGCAUUACUAGACGAAAGACAAGAGGAAUGAUAACGGUAUUAGAUUUAGCAACUACCAUAUCGUACACCUCCACUCCCCAACGACAGGGCAAGGUCUACCAGUGAAGGUAGUGCGAAGGACACUCAUACCCACCCGGGUUAUUGUCCAAAUACUGCUGAUGAUAAUCCUCCGCAUCAUAAAACACUCCAGCCUCCCUAACCUCCGUCGCGAUCUUCUUUCCCUUAUAAUGCUCCUCCUGAACCUUUGCCAAGACCCUCUCCGCCUUCUCCUUCUGCUCCGGCGAGUGGUAGUAAAUAGCCGAGCGGUACUGGGUUCCGAUAUCGGGUCCUUGUCGGUUGAGUUGUGUGGGGUCAUG